CCAUCAUCAGUCCCCUCUGUUGCUCGCUCACUCAUCCCAGCCAUCAUCUCAUUACUCACUCUCCCAUCUAUAUGCCCGUUACGACCUGACGACCUGCUCGUUUUCUCCUUUUUCUUUCUCUCCUCUUUGUCGCACCUAGAUUAACCCCCUUUCCCCUAACCUCUUAGCUCGCAAUGGCCGCCGUCCGGACGUCGGGCCGGCCCUUGCCUCAGCCUCCGCAGGCCUACGAUCGAGAAGCGGCGUGGUACGAGCACGAAGAGCGGAUGCGCCCUUCGUACAUUGCUCAGCCCGCGUACCAGCAGCAAGCCUUCUUCCAGCCUUCGAGCCCUCCUGUGAGCCCCUCGGCCCGAUGGGCUUCAUCACCACAGAAGCAACAGCAGCAGCAGCAGCAGCAGCAGCAGCAGCAAUAUUUCCCGCAGCAGUAUGCUUUCCCGACAGGACCUGCAGAACCGGCCUACUACCCCGCGGGAGCGACCUCGCGCUUCAAGCGUGACGGUGGGCCUUCGCUGUCCAACCCCACACCCUAUGUUGCCGGCACAGGCGACGUGAAUGCAACGGUGCGGCCGCGUAUGUCGACCAUUCCUUCGUCUAGGUUUGCAAGUCCCCAAGCAAAUGGCGCUAGGGGCUACGCGCAAGUCCCAGGCGAUGACGCUGGAAUGAGGUCGGGCACCGCAAAGGGCAGCGCAUUCAUGCACAAGGGCUUCUGGGACAUCAUGUCGCUCGUCAACAACCCCCAAGGCCCUCCCGGCACCGCCGGAGGACCCUCUCGUUUCAAGCAGACGUUCAGCAAAGCCACAGGAGGUUUGAAGAAAGUGACGAGCAACACCUCGAUCCCUCAGCAGGCUAGCCCUGAUGAUCUCUUCUUCUCUGCUGGAGGCCCGCCCCUGAGCCGCUCUUCGCCCCUCGCUCCUCUUCCCGCUGCUUCCAACCAAGGAGGCCCGCAGCAACAAGUGCAGCAGCGCACGCCUUCCCCGGCAUCUUUCUACACGGCCGACUCCCGCAACCAAGCCUCUACCGCGACGGCCCCUAAUAUCAACGGACCACGGGCACAGAAGAAGCGCAUCAGUGUCGACAUGGUCGGGAAGCCUCAGGGCUUUAUCCACGCGGCCCACGCCAGCGAUGCUGAACAGGCCGAGGCAAUCUUGAGGAGGUGGGGCAGAGAUGGUGUGGGCAAGGUCGCCGAUCCGGCAUGGAUCGAGCGUUGCAAAGAAGCCAUGCGUGUCCAGGCGGCACGGAAUCAGGCAGAGGCCAUUGCUCAAAUCCAGGCUGCUCUGCACCAGGAGAGCAUCAUCAAGGAGAAUGAAAGGCCGCCUCUGCACAUCGUCAAUGGCGCCCCUAGUCAGAGCGCGACAACGGCCAGCACCAUGACUUCCACGACCGUCACGGCUGGCCACGGCACCAUCUCGACGGAACCGCCAAGGACGCCUGGUGAAGGUAGGGGCUUCCCUGGCAUCCAAGAAGAGGUUAGUGGCGAAUACACGGCCUUGGCUCCGCCCUUGGCGCCUGCCCUUUCGCCAUCGCCUCGUCGACCUAGCCCAGCAUCAGGCGCAUCCUCUCCGCCUCCAGCAGCGCGACCCAACAUGAUGCCUAGGUCGAACACGGGGGGGACAAUGGUGGUCAAUCCUUCGCCAGACGUCGCUGCGGCAAUUGUUCAGGACGCGCCUGACUACCUUUUGUUCAAGCCAGCAAAGGGUUCCCCCACAUCCCCUACGACCGAUAAGCGUGCCAGUAAGGCUGGGCAGAUUGACGGUCUGCCCGGCGGUGCUGCUGGUAUCAAUGCUCUCUUUGACAAUCGACCUACCUCGAUGGUUGUUCGAGACUCGGCCGCGCCCUUGUCCUCGACGAAUCUUGCUGCCGCUGUCACGCCCAAGCAGGAAAAUCGGACGCUUGCCGGAGAAGAGCUCAAUGCCACCUUGGCUGCCAAUGCCGGUGCUGCAAUGCGGCCGAGCCUGACGACCGUCGAGAAGUCUGUCGCGGCCAAGAUCUUCUUCGAGAACCUCUACUACGGCAUUCUGAAGAAGCCGAGGGACCGAGACACGCGAAGAGCCGGUCUCGAGGCUGAGCUGGCCAGUCUUAGGAUCCCAGAGUCGGCCAAGGACGAGAUCCGAGCCGCGUGGAUGGCGAACGAGACCGAGUAUCUGCGAGAUAUUCGUGCUCGCGUCAACGUCAACAGCUUCAUCAGGCUCAAGACGAUCGGACACGGUGCUUUUGGUGUCGUUGCGCUGAUCAAGGAGAGGGGCACGGGCGAGCUUUUCGCCAUGAAACAGCUUCGCAAAGCCGACAUGCUGCGCAAAGGUCAGGAGGGUCACGUUCGCGCAGAAAGGGAUCUCAUGACCAGCGCCAGCGCCAGCGCAAGUGCAAAGUGGAUCGUCAAGCUCGUGUACAGCUUCCAGGAUGUCGACCACCUCUAUCUCAUCAUGGAGUUCAUGGGUGGCGGCGACUUGCUCAAUCUUUUGAUCGAAAAAGACAUUUUCGCCGAAGAUUUUGCUCGCUUCUACGUCGCCGAGAUGAUCCUCUCCAUCCACGAGGCUCAUCGACUUGGCUACAUUCACCGAGACAUUAAGCCGGACAACUUCCUCUUCACCUCGCAAGGCCACAUCAAGCUAGCCGACUUUGGUCUGUGCCAGAGCUUCCACUGGGCACACGAUGGUGCCUAUUACGACCAGCAGCGCCGUAAUCUCCUCAAGAAACACGGUAUCGAUCUCGAGGAUUCGACGGCGGCAAAGAGGGCCGCUGCAGGCGGCGGAAGGGGAACAGUGCGGGGAGGAGCUACAGCAGCGACGACCAAAGGCGGCGAGCUCAACGACAAGGAACUCAACGACGUCAUGAGCGAUCGUAACGAGGAUGGAACACCACUGACCCAUGUUCUGACGUGGCGGGACAAGAACAAGAAGAAGAUUGCCUACUCUGUUGUGGGCACCAACAACUACAUGGCGCCAGAGGUGCUUCGAGGAUACGGCUACGACCAGUCUUGCGACUGGUGGUCGUUGGGAGUCAUUGUCUUUGAGAUGCUUUGGGGCUACCCGCCGUUCGUGUCCAAGUCAAGGCAUCUGACGAGGCAAAAGAUUCUCAAUUGGCGACAGACGCUCAAGUUCCCGCCCAGGCCCAAGGUCUCGAGGGAGGCCCAAGACUUCAUCUCGAAGUUGAUCUGCGAGAGGGAUGAUCGGCUGGGAAGCACGUCGACUGCCAGUGUCAGCCGACCCAAUUCGCUUCUGCAAGGAUCCCGUCAGCGGAGCGGCUUUGCUGCUCCCGGUGCCUCAACGGCCAACGCAGGAGGGCUCCAGGACGGUGUCGAGGAUCUGAUGGCUCACCCCUGGUUCCGUGGAAUCGACUGGAAUUCGAUUCACAAGAGUCCAGCGCCAUUCAAGCCCGCACUGUCCCAUCCAGCCGACACGAAACACUUUGAAGACGACAUCGAAGCCGAACCCUUGCCCGCGCCUGGCGCCGCCGAGGCCGCCAAAGGAGGGCAGCCUCCUCCGGUCGAUGCUCCCCGGGACCCAAUGUUGCGCGACAAGGCACAAGGUCAGCACCUUCUCGAGAUGCGCAAGCAGCUCGCCUUCGUUGGAUACACUUUCAAGUCGCCAAAGGGCUUCGAUCCAAAGGCCCAGCUGAGCGAAUCGAAGAUCGUGGCGGCCGAGCGGAGAGACCAUGAGCUGCAGUCCGGCAGGGGCGACAUGCUGCUACGAGAGCCCUCGCAGAGCGGAAGUCGGCUUCGGUCCAUGUCGAUGUAGGAACGCAACUUACCCCCUAAACUCCUGCUCAAAGCAUUCACCGGAUCAAGUUUCUCUGUUUCUCCUUUUCUUACUGCUAAUGCCAAUACAAAUAUUACUU